CGACAUUAAACUCGGAACGCUUACUAACCGCAGUUCAUAGGACGACUCGUUAUGUUAUGCAGGCGAGUUCCAGUUGCUGUUCUGGGAAACUGAGUUUGCUAGAAGGUUAGCUCGGCGGUCUCGAUUUACCUCCAACAGCUCUGCGAAUUGGAAAUUGAGCUCCAGCUUCAGUGUGCUUGGCUCGGAACGUUAUUGUUAUAUCCCCGACAAUCACUUGGAAGCAUGGCAAAAUGGGGCGAAGGCGACCCACGUUGGAUUGUGGAAGAGAGACCUGAUGCAACCAAUGUUAAUAACUGGCAUUGGACGGAAAAGAAUGCCUGCGCAUGGUCACAAGAAAAGUUGAAAGAACUUUUUAUAAAUUUCGAAAUUGAGGGAGAGGGAGUAUCAUGUAAAAUAACAGAAAUGGAAAAGUGUGAAGGUGAGGCGGUAGCAAAUAAUAGAAAAGGGAAACUUAUUUUCUUUUAUGAAUGGAAUAUUGUUCUUAAGUGGAUAUCAGAUGGAAACUCCAGUAAAGAUAUUGAGGGUAAAAUUAAUAUUCCUAAUCUCUCUGAAGAAAAUGAUAUUAGUGAAGUAGAUAUUGAAGUUACAUUAAAAGAUAGUACAGAUGAAGGAGAGAAAGUUAAACAAUUUUUACAUACUAAAGGUAAAGAUGUAAUAAGAGAAAAAUUAAAGAAAUAUGUAUCUUCUCUAAAAGAAGAGUUUACGAAAGGAAUGAUACUUCCCAAAAAGGAUAACGAUAAAGAAAAAGAAAAUAUUUCUAACAUAACAUCUGGUUUUAAUAUUAAGAUGCAAAUGAAUGCUGCAGUGACGCCAACGAACAAUAAAACAGCAAAUUGUAAAAUUUCAACCACUACGAUUAAGCAAAAUGUAAAAUUUCAAUGCAGAGCGGAUGAAUUUUACAACGUCCUCUCUUCAAUCGAGAUGGUACAAGCAUUUACGAAGAAUCCAGUAAAGCUAGAGCCGAAGAAAAAUGGUCAAUUUGAACUAUUCGGUGGCAAUAUUCACGGCGAAUUCAUAGAGAUCACUCCAACGAAGAUUGUUCAAAAAUGGCGUUGUAAACAGUGGCCGUCCGGACAUUUUAGCGAUGUUACGAUCGAUAUCUGUGAAAAGAACGAUCAUACUGAGGUCAAUUUAACGCAGAGCGGUGUCCCAGUGAGCGAGGAGCUCUCUACGAAGGAGAAUUGGGACAGGUAUUACUGGGAUGCUAUAAAACGAACCUUUGGCUUCGGAUACUUCAUGGCGUCGAGCAUGCCAUGCGCACUUAACAGGGAGGUAAUCGCGUUGCACACCUGGCGCAACAUGCAUCCUUCCACGCCCUUGCCGCAGCAGCAGUUCGACCGCCUGGCCAGGGAUAUCGAACUGGCCGCAUUCGAUGAGGAAUCUGUCGCAAUUAUGGCAGUUAUCGAGUACGUUACUUCCUUCGAGUAUGUCCUCUACCCCCCCUCAGUGUUUAUCCCACGCGGCACUGGGACUGUCGAGAUUGUCCGAAUUAACGAAAUAAAGAGAGAGAGAGAGAGAGAGAGAGAGAGAGAGAGAGAGAAAGAGAGAAGAGAGAGAACGAGAGAUAGUCCGUCAGACAUGAACGUUACUCCGAUGGUGGAGAUACCCGGCAAUGACAGCUUCAGCAACGGUCUCGACUGUGGCGGUGAGCCCCAUCAAUACGCGGUAUGGGAGCGUGUGACGAUAGUGGUGAUCGCCGUCAUCCUCAGCCUCACCACGGUCGUCGGCAACAUUAUGGUCAUGAUAUCGUUCAAGAUCGACAAGAAUCUGCAGACGAUCUCCAACUAUUUCCUCUUCAGCCUGGCGGUGGCCGACUUCGCGAUCGGCCUAAUCUCCAUGCCCCUCUUUACGAUAUACACGGUACUCGGUUACUGGCCGCUCGGGCCCCUCGUGUGCGACACGUGGCUCGCCCUCGACUAUCUCGCGAGUAAUGCGUCGGUCCUUAAUCUGCUCAUUAUCAGCUUCGACAGAUAUUUCUCCGUCACGCGUCCGCUUACGUAUCGGGCCAAGAGGACCACCAUCAAAGCCUCCGUCAUGAUCGGAUCCGCUUGGGGUAUAUCGCUGCUUCUUUGGCCACCCUGGAUCUACGCAUGGCCGUACAUCGAGGGUCAAAGGACUGUGCCGAAAGCCUCGUGCUACAUCCAAUUCAUCGAGACGAAUCAUUACAUCACCUUCGGCACGGCCAUCGCCGCGUUUUAUGUUCCUGUCAUGAUAAUGACGUUCCUUUACUGGCGGAUCUGGCUGGAGACGAAGAAACGUCAGAAGGACCUGCCGAAUUUGCAGGCCGGCAAACAAGACGCGAGCAAGCGCAGCAACUCGAGUGACGAGGUUUUAGAUAUGGAAGAGAGCAGAAGACAGCGAAGCGAGUCGAGCACCGCCGACGACGUCUCGCACGCCACGCACAUCGCGGUUUCCUACAUUGAUAAGCACUAUCCGCAAUACAAGAGCCACAGGCCGUUUUCCUGGACCUGGCUGAAGAUGUGGUGCAUCGCAUGGUGGCACAGCGGUCGAGACGACGAGGACGACGACGAGGAGAUCGCUGGACCGGAGAGCAGCCACACCGGGGCCGGUUACGAAGACACGCUCACGCCGCUGUCGGCCGAAACGCCGCUUCCCAGCACGGUAUCGCGAUGUCCCUCCCUCAGCGCGAUACAGGCCACGGGGAUCGCCCUGGACAAGACCGCGAUGCAGCACGAGCUAUACAAAAGGCCGGCACGGUCGGUCGACCUUAGAAAUAUUUCCAGCGAUACCAUUUAUACGAUUCUAAUCAAAUUGCCGAGUAACGGCGGGAAAUUCACCGAGGGGACGAGCAUAAGGAUGAUACAUGACGAGUCCAUGUCGAUCCAGUUGCAUCCUAUGAUAGAAGACAGCGAGGAUGACGGUGGUGUUGGCGGUAGCAGCAGUGGUGCCAGCAAGCUCUUCCGUCUCGGCGGCGGAUCCGUGUCGAGCCCAUCGACGGUGACGAUGAGGAGGCCAUCGCAGAUGCCGGACAUCAGGAUACCGUUGAACGCGAAGAACAUACCAAAGGCUCUGACGACUGGCAAGGGAAUACUGAACAAGCAGCCGAACAAGAAGAAGAAGAAGAUCCAAGAGAAGAAGGCCGAUCGGAAGGCCGCGAAAACGCUGUCGGCCAUCCUGUUGGCGUUCAUUAUCACGUGGACCCCGUACAACAUCUUGGUACUCCUCAAGUCCAUCACCGCCUGCUCGUGGUACAUACCUCAGGUGCUGUGGGACUUUGUUUAUUACCUUUGUUACAUUAACAGUACUGUGAACCCGAUGUGCUACGCGCUGGGCAACGCAGCUUUCCGCAGAACCUACGUGAGGAUUCUCAAGUGUAAGUGGCAGAGCAGGAACCGCGGUGCCGGUGCGGUCGAUCGGGGAUGACAUCAGUAACCCAUCGAUGCGCACUUCGAUCUUCUCGCAUCGAGGAGGGGAGCAGUCUUCCCUCCAUGCUUCCGAUAUCAGCACACUACAGAAUUGGAAGUCAACGACCACGCGCGCGCGCGUGUGCACACACACAUACACACACAUGCAUAUACCGUAACAAUGCUGUACUGCUAUUAUUAUUAUU